UUAUUAUAAUGUAAUUUUUCUUGUACCUAUAGAAAAAUGUCGACCACAGUGGAACAGUUGCCAGAGAUCCAAAAUAGCACGAGAGCGAUGUUCUACCCGCUACUGGCGCUGGCCUCCAGCCUGUGGCUGCUGUACCGGUGGCAGCAGAGCUCGCGGCUGUACAAGAUGGGCAAUAAGCUACCCGGGCCCAUGGCCGUGCCGAUAUUUGGCAACGCACUGUUAGCGCUUGGGAAAAGGCCCGAUGAUCUGGUAAACAUCGGCCUCCAGUAUGGUGAGAAAUACGGCAGCGUGAUCCGCGGGUGGCUCGGCUCGAAGCUGAUCAUCUUCCUCACCGACGCGGACGACGUCGAGGUCAUCCUGAACAGCCACGUGCAUAUCGACAAGGCCUCCGAGUACAGGUUCUUCAAGCCGUGGCUAGGAGAAGGCUUACUUAUCAGCUCAGGCGCAAAAUGGCGUUCUCAUCGAAAAAUGAUUGCUCCAACAUUUCAUAUCAACAUCCUGAAAUCGUUUAUGAGCGUGUUCAACCAGAACAGCAUGAACGUGGUUAACAAGAUGAAGACUGAAAUGAAUAAAACCUUUGAUGUCCACGAUUAUAUGAGUGGAGUUACUGUGGAUAUAUUACUUGAAACUGCAAUGGGGAUCACGAGAAAAACUCAGGACGAGUCUGGAUUUGAUUAUGCCAUGGCAGUCAUGAAAAUGUGUGAUAUCAUCCACCAGAGGCAUUACAAAUUCUGGUUGCGAUUUGACGCUAUUUUCAAACUAACUUCAUUUUUCAAACAACAAAUUAAUCUUCUCAAUAUUAUACAUGGGCUAACGAAUAAGGUAAUCAAAAGCAAAAAGCAAACAUACUUAGAAAACAAAGCUAAGGGUAUAAUACCUACAUCGAUUGAAGAAUUGACACGUUCCAAAGAAAACGACGAAACUGGAUUAGCGAAUAACGUGAAAACCUUAGCUGAUUCUGUUUUUAAAGGCUAUCGGGAUGAUUUGGACUUUAAUGAUGAAAACGAUGUUGGAGAAAAGAAACGACUUGCAUUCUUGGACCUGAUGAUAGAAUCGGCUCAAAGUGGUGCAAAUAAAAUAAGUGACCACGAAAUUAAGGAAGAAGUUGACACUAUCAUGUUUGAGGGCCACGACACUACGGCCGCUGGUUCUAGCUUCGUACUAUGCCUCCUCGGAGUUCACCAGGAUAUUCAAGCUAGAGUAUAUGAUGAAUUGUAUGAUAUUUUCGGGGACUCCGACAGACCGGUCACGUUUUCAGACACUUUACGCAUGAAAUACUUGGAGAGAGUUAUUUUUGAGUCUCUUAGGAUGUAUCCACCAGUACCAAUUAUUGCAAGAAAACUGAAACGAGACGUAAAAAUUGCUACUAACAACUAUGUACUGCCAGCGGGCUCAACCAUAGUUAUCGGUACAUUCAAGGUUCACCGCAAUCCGAAAUACUACAAGGAGCCGGAAGUGUUCAAUCCAGACAACUUCUUGCCUGAAAAUACCCAAGACCGACAUUACUACAGCUACAUCCCAUUCAGCGCCGGGCCUAGGAGCUGUGUGGGUCGCAAAUACGCCAUUCUGAAGUUAAAAGUAUUACUCGCUACGGUACUGAGGAACUUCAAGAUGGUCUCAGAUAUUCCUGAAGACCAGUUCAUGUUAAAAGCCGACAUUAUUUUAAAGCGAUCAGAUGGAUUCAGGAUCAGGAUUGAACCCAGGAGAAAAGUUCCUACAAGUGCGUGAAUUAUUGUAUUGUUUCUUAUAAUAAUAUUCCAUUAAAUGAUUGAUUGUAAAUUAAUUUGAAUAAUGAGUGUUUCCUUAGUAAAAAGGAAUAGUUUCCUAAACACAUAUAUGUUCAUUAGAAAUAGUUUACCCAGAAGGUGUUUCAAUGUGUUUCUAGGAUUAAACGUUGCCGCUUGCUUGGUACCUAUAAUUAGGUACCAUAAAAGUUAUAAAUACUCACUUACCUAAAUCAAUGAAAAACCA